CUUCUCACCAGAGAGUCUCUUCUUUAUCUAUUUAUCUCUCUCUCUAAAGAUCGUUGUGAUGAUUGCUUCGAGUUUCUCAGAAAAAUGUAUAUCAGUCAUCAACGGAGCUCCAAGUUGGGCCGUCUUCUUCUUUUUUGACCUCCUCGACGAUUUUCUUUGCAUCGUUUUCAGAUUCCUCGACGAAGUUAUGGAAGAAAAAUUAGAGUCUUGUCACUGUAAAAACCCUCAAGAGAAAACAGAUUUUGCAGGGUACGAGUUUCUUUCGGAGACUCUCUAUCGGAGGAGAAACGUUUUCCGACAGGCCGGUUUUCUCCGGUUUGCGAAAAAACUCCCUGAGAUAACCAAGAAAAUUGGUAUCGUUACUUUCCUGAGAAAAUUCCUUUUUCCUCAGACGAUGAAGAAAGUCUCUCAUGAGGUUGCAAACCGGUGGUCUGAUUGUGGUUGCAAGACUUGUGUUUCUUGGACCAACACUGAUAAACUUAACGUGAUCGUCAAGCAACCUUCAAUAUCAGAUUUGUUGAUAAGCAACAAACCGGUAGAGAACGUUAUUUUCAUACACGGAUUUAUGUCAUCUUCAUCGUUUUGGACCAACACAGUGUUCAAAUAUUUACCAGAGACCACCGAAAAAGCUAACUACAGAUUCUUUGCUGUCGAUCUUCUCGGGUUUGGAGACAGCCCGAAACCAAGAGCCAGUCAAUAUUCGUUGAAUGAACAUGUCGAAAUGAUCGAGAAAUCAGUUGUUUUACCAAAUAAUUUGACUUCAUUCCAUGUUGUAGCACACUCCAUGGGAUGUAUCAUUGGAAUAGCCGUAGCUGCAAAAUUCUCCGACAGCGUCAAGUCUGUAGCUUUAGUAGCUCCGCCGUAUUUAGGUGAUUCAAAAGAAGGAGCAAGUUGUGAUGCUCUAAAUGUGAUCGCCGAGAAGAAACUUUGGCCACCGACUUCGUUUUUUACGGCGAUGAUGGCUUGGUAUGAACACAUUGGCCGUGGCGUUUGCUUGGUUGUUUGUAAACACCACCGUACAUGGGAGAGAAUCAUCAAAAUUGUAACUUGGAGAAAGAAACUACCAACAUCGAUAAUGGAAUUGACAAAGCACACACAUCAAUCAGGAUGGCAUAGCAUGCACAAUGUGAUAUGCGGAGGAGCGAAAUUCACGGAUAAACACCUUGAAACUUUGAUAAAAUCCGGUGUUAAAAUCAAUGUGGUGCAAGGGGAUAAAGAUGUUGUUGUUCCUAUUGAUUGUCUAUGGAACAUGAAAGGGAAGUUCCCUGCGGUUGAAGUCGAGGUUAUCGCCGGAACUGAUCAUAGUACGGUCAUAAUGAGUAGGAGAGAGGUCUUUGUUGCAAGCCUUUAUGAAGGUGCGGUCCAAGAAGGAUGCAGGGGUCCAAGUAUGUGGGAUUACUAUACCCUUAAACAUCCUGAGAGGACAAACAAUGAUAAUGCCGAUGUAGCAGUUGAUUUCUACCAUCGUUACAAGGAAGAUAUUCAGUUAUUGAAGAAACUAAACAUGGACGGUUUCAGAUUCUCUUUUUCAUGGCCCCGAAUAUUUCCUCAUGGAAGAAAGGAUAAGGGCGUUAGCAAGGUGGGUGUCAAGUUUUACCACGAUCUUAUAGACGAGCUUCUUGCAAAUGGUAUAACUCCUCUAGCAACGGUCUUCCAUUGGGACAUUCCUCAAGACCUAGAAGAUGAAUACGGCGGUUUUCUAAGCGAACGUGUAAUAGAUGAUUUUCUUGAGUUUGCCAACUUCACGUUCAACGAGUAUGGCCACAAAGUGAAGAAGUGGAUCACGUUCAACGAGCCGUGGGUGUAUAGCAGAGCCGGUUACGACAUAGGGAAGAAAGCGCCGGGACGUUGCUCGCAAUAUGUCAACAAGACUUGUCUUGGAGGGAGUUCAGGGCACGAGCUUUACAUAGUCAGCCACAAUCUACUUUUAGCUCAUGCCGAAGCCGUUCAUGAGUUUAGAAAAUGCGCAAAGUGCAAAGGUGGGAAGAUCGGGAUUGCGCAUAGUCCUUCUUGGUUCGAGCCCCACGCUCUUGAGUCUAGUCCACAUGCUAAUGUUUCUGUUGAACGAGCCCUAGAGUUCAUGUUGGGAUGGCACAUGAAUCCAACCACAUAUGGUGAUUAUCCACAGAUAAUGAAGGAUCAAGUCGGAGAUCGGUUGCCUAAAUUCACAGAGGAUCAAAAGCAGAAACUGAAGAUGUCAUAUGAUUUUGUUGGGAUCAAUUAUUAUACUGCCACCUUCGCUACUUACAAUGGACUCAUUGAUCCUUCAAGACCAACUUGGGAAUCUGACUCUCUUGUUAAGUGGGAUCCCAAGAAUAUACUAGGAUACAACAUCGGUAGCAAGCCUUUAACUGCUUCACUCGCCGUUUAUGCAAAUGGAUUACGGGAACUUCUGAAAUAUGUUAAGGAUAAAUACGGUGAUCCAGAGAUUAUCAUCGCAGAGAAUGGAUAUGGAGAGAGUUUGGGAGCUAAUGAUAAGCUUCCCAAUGCACUGGCUGACUACAAUAGAAAAUAUUACCACCAGAGGCAUCUUUUAAGUCUAAAUGAGGCAAUUUGUGUGGAUAAAGUAAAUGUGACAGGAUACUUUGCAUGGUCAUUGCUAGACAAUUUCGAAUGGCAAGAUGGUUAUGAAACGAGAUACGGGCUGUAUUACAUCGACUACAAAAAUAAUUUGACUCGUCACGAAAAGGAAUCAGCAAAAUGGUUCAAAGAAUUUUUGAAGGAACCAAUAUCUUCAAAAUUCGUUGAAAAUAUCUACAAAGAUGAGCUGUGAACAGAUAUAUGAAGACAAUGAAAAGAACUUUGAAAGGAUACGUUUCAGACUUUCAGUUCAUAAAUCACAGUCACAAAGAAAGAUUUGUUCUGCAGUAUUUUUAUUGUAUUCUUUAUUUUAUUUAUUUAUUUAUCUGCGUUGUAUUUUUUGUAAUCUAUAAAAUUAUGGUUUGAUU